AGUCUGGCUCUGACUCUCGUCGGGUCCGCACGCACGUAUCGCGUCGUGUUAAAAGAGUUUGGAGUCGUGUGCAGCAGUGGCCGAGUCGUCGUCGUCGUCGUCGUGCACUCGGUGCAUGUGUGCAGUGAGUGUGUGCGAGAACCUCGUGACUGUGUGUGUGCGUGUGUGCAUGCGUGGUGCGGACACCCAAGUACAUAGUGCCUUUGAUAUAUAUAUAUAUAUAUAUAUAUAUAUAUAUAUAACACACACACAGGCGCACAAGAGAAGAAAAUUCAUAUAACACACACACUCACACACACACAAUUAUUAUAGAUCCAAUAUAUCUAUACAGUAUGUGUACCUAGAAGAGCCAGAGCAGAGCAUACAACACAACACCGAGCAAUCGUCGUCGUCGUCGUCGUCGUCGAUGACGACGUCCAUUAUUGUGUUGCUGCGUCGCGUUGUAGUUUUAUGGCACGGGCUACUGGUCGCAAGGAACGCAUAUUGAACGAGCGCAGCUCGCUCUCGCCGACUGCUAGCAGGAGAAAGAAAAAGCGCCCAGCAACAACAACGGGGAGGGAGUAUAUAGAGCCGUCGUCGUCGUCAUUGCACACUGCUGGAAAAACACUGCUCGUCCUAGAGCAGCGACACACGAUCUACCCAAUGUUUUCGGUAGAUUCAAGCGAUACCGCAUCGAUAGCGCAGUUAUAGUGAAGAGCCCCCAAGGAGUGCAGCAAUUUUCUUAUUGAAAUCUCACUGAACGCAGCAAGAAGAUGGCAGAGGUCGAUCCCGAGACUCUGCUCGAGUGGCUGAGUAUAGGCCAAGGGGACGAGAGGGACAUGCAGCUCAUCGCGUUGGAACAGCUGUGCAUGCUGCUGCUCAUGUCCGACAACGUUGAUCGUUGUUUCGAAAGUUGUCCUCCGAGAACGUUUUUGCCAGCGCUGUGCAGGAUAUUUUUGGAUAAAGAGGCACCGGACAACGUAUUGGAGGUAACUGCCCGAGCCAUAACGUACUAUCUCGACGUCUCGGCCGAAUGCACAAGAAGAAUCGUCGCUAUGGAGGGCGCCAUCAAGGCCAUAUGCAGUCGACUCGCGUUGGCGGGUCUGGACUCGAGGGCCAGCCGUGAUCUUGCCGAGCAAUGCAUAAAGGUACUGGAAUUGGUCUGCGCACGGGAGGCCGGAGCCGUCUUCGAAGCCGGGGGCUUGUCGUCGUCCCUGCAGUUCAUCCGCGAGCACGGCGCCCAGGUGCACCGCGACACCCUGCACUCGGCGAUGGCGGUGGUGUCUCGGCUCUGCGGCAAGGUCGAGCCGCAGGACAAAUCGCUGCCCGACUGCGUCGAGGCACUGUCGACCCUGCUGCGUCACGAGGACGCCCACGUGGCGGACGGCGCGCUGCGCUGCUUCGCCUCGCUGGCCGACAGGUUUUCCAGGCGCGGUACCGAUCCCGCGCCCCUGGCCAGCAACGGACUGGUCUCCGAAUUGCUGUACAGAUUGUCGAACGCCGCAGGACCCAUAUCGUCGGUGAACACGACCGGCAACCUGAAAACACCAUCCACACCGGGUGUCACGUCGUCCACGGUGCCGGCGACCGAGGCCAAAUCCUGCGCCUCCGUGUCGACCAUCAUCAGUCUGCUAUCGACCCUGUGUCGCGGCUCCGCGUCCAUCACUCACGACCUGCUUCGAUCCGGACUGCCCGACGCCAUCGAGAAGGCCCUGAAGGGCGACGAGCGAUGCGCGCUCGAUUCCAUGCGCCUGGUCGAUCUGCUCUUUGUUUUGCUGUUCGAGGGCAGAUCCGCGCUGGGGCGCACGAACGCGAGCAGCGCCUCGGGUCCCCUGCUGCCUCGAUUGCGCCGACUGGACAGCGUCGGCGAGAAGACUCAUCGUCAGUUGAUAGAUUGCAUACGCUCGAAGGACACCGAUGCCCUGAUAGAGGCCAUAGAGUCGGGCGGGGUCGAGGUCAACUUCAUGGACGACGUUGGCCAAACGCUGUUGAACUGGGCGUCGGCGUUCGGUACCCAGGAAAUGGUAGAGUUCCUCUGUGAUAAAGGCGCCGAUGUGAACAAAGGCCAGCGCUCGUCGAGCCUGCACUACGCCGCCUGCUUCGGUCGGCCGGCGAUAGCCAAAGUGCUGCUGCGCCACGGCGCGAAUCCCGAUCUGCGCGACGAGGACGGCAAAACUCCUCUGGACAAGGCUCGCGAGCGCAUAGACGAGGGCCACCGCGAGGUGGCGGCGAUUCUCCAGUCGCCCGGGGAAUGGAUGCUGCUCCCGGCAGGCAACAGUCCCGACGAGCGCAACAAGCUCGAGGCCAACGACGUUAAAGAAUUCACCGAGCCCAAGGGCGAUCCGGAAAUGGCCCCGGUAUACCUGAAACGACUGCUACCGGUGUUUUGCGCCACCUUCCAGUCGACCAUGCUGCCGAGCGUGCGCAAGUCCAGUCUGAAUCUCAUUCGCAAGAUGGUGCACUACAUUCAACCGGAAUUAUUAGCAGAAACUUGCGGCGCCAAUGUAACCAACGGCUGCGGCGCUAUGCUCGUCGAGGUCAUAGCCAAUGUACUGGACAACGAGGAAUACGAUAUAAAAGCGAGCUCCCCAUGGUCGAUGAUGCCGUCAACAUCACCGUGUGCGCCUCCGCCACCCUGUUAUCUCAAUAGCUUUAUCGGCCCGAAAAUGCCGAUUGCCUCCUCGCGCAUCAAGUCCAUUUCCCAGUACUACAUACUCGCCAAUAAGACGGAGGAUGAGGAUGGACACUUGGUAGUUCUACAGAUGAUCCAAGACUUAAUGGCCAAAGGAAAGGACGAGUUUUUGGAGCAUUUCGCUCGGCUGGGCGUCUUCUCCAAAGUCAGUUCUCUGGCUGGCCCGCAAGAAUCCACGCAGGAUCAGAACAACGAAGCGAGCGGAAAUUCGAAUGCUCAGCAACAAACGCAACAGCAGCAGCAGCCGCAAACAGCCGGUGGCGGCGGUGACGAGCAAAAAAUGGAAGAUGCCAAAGAAUUGCAGAUAGGAAAGGCUUACCACUGGCGCGACUGGUGCAUCUGCCGGGGUCGCGACUGCCUUUACGUCUGGUCGGACGCCGCCGCGCUCGAGCUGUCGAACGGCAGCAACGGCUGGUUUAGAUUCAUCCUGGAUGGCAAGCUGGCUACCAUGUACUCGAGCGGCAGUCCCGAGGGUGGCACCGAUACCACAGCUCGCCAGCUGAUAUUAUAUCAAAAUAUAUUAUAUCCAGAGAAUCGGGGCGAAUUUUUGGAGAAGCUGCAGCGCGCCCGUAGCCAAGUGAAACCGAACUCCGUGAGCCAACCCAUACUAUCGAGACCGGGUUCCACCAGGCUCGUCAUUGGAAAUUGGGCACUGUCGAGCAAGAAGGACGGCGAACUGUGCAUUUUGAACAGCGACGGACAGCAGCAAGCGACGAUAUUGCGCGAGGAUCUGCCGGGAUUCAUUUUUGAAUCGAAUCGUGGAACAAAACACUCGUUUACGGCUGAGACGAGCUUAGGUCCUGAAUUUGCUGCUGGCUGGGCCGGUAAACGAGGUAAGCGCCUACGCUCAAAGAUGGAGGCCAUCAAGCAGAAGGUCAAAACUCAAGCUCAAGAAAUCUACGAAUCCCACUUCAAAGCCGCGCAAGCACAGCCACGCGGCGUUGUAGCCAAACUCGCGGACAUCGUCAUACAGAUCGACAAGGCUUGUCACAAGCAAUCGCAGCAGCCGAGCAGUCGGGAAUGGCGCACAAUACUGCAGGGUGCCUUGGACGAGCUCAAACUGCUGCUCAACGAGGACGGCAAGGUUUCGGCUUACGAGCUGCACUCCAGUGGCCUGAUCAGAGCUCUGCUGGGCCUGCUCGCGGCUCCAUCGAACGCGCAGCAUCUCUCGCCUCGCAUGAACAAGCACAGACUGCAGCGAGUCGCCGUUUUCAAGAGCAGCUUUCAGUCGCAUAACUCGUCCAAGGGAGAUAACUUCGCCAAGGUUCUGGUGCAGAAGCUCGUUUCGGUACUGGAAUCCAUAGAAAAGUUGCCGGUAUAUCUCUACGAUACGCCCGGUUCCGGCUCAGGUUUGCAAAUCCUCACGAGACGUUUGAGAUUCCAAUUGGAGAAAGCUGCGAGCGAAAGUGCACUUAUCGACAGGAGUGGUCGAAAUUUAAAAAUGGAGCCACUCAGUACGGUACAGCAACUAGAGAAUCAUUUGUUAAAGAUGGUCGCCAAACAAUGGCACGAUCACGAAAGGUCUACCUUUACUUUUGUUAAAAAAUUGAAAGAAGGAAAGAAGUUUACGUUUAAGUAUCAACACGACUUUGAUCAGAAUGGACUUAUUUACUGGAUUGGAACAAACGCCAACACAUGUUCCGAGUGGGUGAACCCCGGACAAUACGGCCUCGUAGUGGUAACAUCAAGCGAUGGACGCAAUUUACCUUAUGGUCAUUUGGAAGAUAUACUCAGCAGAGACCCGUCCGCUAUGAAUUGUCAUACCAACGACGACAAAAGAGCCUGGUUCUCUAUCGAUUUGGGAGUAUGGAUCGUUCCGAAUUCCUAUACACUGAGACACGCCCGAGGUUACGGAAAAAGCGCUCUCAGAAAUUGGAUGCUCCAGGCCUCGAGAGACGGUAUCAAUUGGUCGACGCUCUAUACCCACGUAGACGAUUGUUCGCUGAACGAGCCCGGCAGCACGGCCACGUGGAUGAUCGACUCGACGUCGGUCGGCGACGAGGAGGGCGCCCAGGGCUGGCGCCACUUGAGAUUACAACAGACCGGCAAAAACGCAUCGGGUCAGACGCACUAUCUGUCCGUGUCAGGCUUCGAGGUCUACGGCGAGGUCACCGGCGUCUGCGAGGACUUGGGUCGCGCCGCCAAGGAAGCCGAGGCGUCUGUGCGGAGACAGAGGCGUCUAAUCCGAUCUCAAGUUUUGAGACACCUGGUGGCUGGAGCGAGGGUCGCCCGCGGUCUCGACUGGAAGUGGCGCGACCAGGACGGCGUGCCACCCGGCGACGGUACGGUGACCGGCGAGCUGCACAACGGCUGGAUCGACGUCACCUGGGACAACGGCUGCUCCAACUCCUACCGUAUGGGUGCCGAGGGAAAGUACGAUCUCAAACUGGUGUCGACGGCCAACGAGCAGGGAGGAGACGCGUCGAAAACGUCGAGCAAGAACGGCAGCAGCGGCGUGCUCACCGGUAGAAAGUCCAACAGCACACCGAGUCUGCCCGACUUUUGCACCGAUGGAACCGUGCGCUGCUCCGUGGCCUCGACCGAUCAGGCCGCCAGUGCCGACAAUCUCGCAGCCAAGCAGGCCGCCGAGUCCAUUGCGGAGAGCGUUCUGUCGGUCGCACGAGCCGAGGCCGUCGUCGCGGUCACCGGUGAGAGCGGCGUCAACUCGACCGGAGAGUACUCCGUGGUGCUACACCAGCGACCCGAAACCAUGACGGUGUCCACGGACUUGGCUACGAUUGUCGAGAGCUUGACGCUGAACAACGACAGCACGCAGCAGCAAUCGGCUGCCUCUGGCCACAGCAAUGGCAAUGGCAAUAGCAAUAAAACAUCCUUCAGCUCUAAGCCAAUUUUAUCAGCCAUUCGAGCUGGAAACAAGCCUUCUUCAAAUAGUCUGUUUGGUCUGGAAGCUGCCGACGUAUUGGAUCGUAUGCGCGAGGGAGCCGACCGAUUGCGAAACAACACCAACAGUUUUCUAAGCGGUGAGUUACUAGGCCUAGUACCAGUUCGAAUAAGUGUGUCUGGCGAUACCGACGAUCAAAAUUCCAUGAGAAUCAGACCGGCACCGAGAAGUCACGUAGCGACUAAUGUGCCUACCAUUAAUACCUCAGCUGAUCUCACUGGUCAGGAAGGCUCGAAGGACUGUUGUCCUCGAGACAAAGACGCGAGCUCAUCGCAACAACAACAGCAACAACAGCAUCAACAACAGCAGCAACAACAACAACAACCACAACAACCACAACAACAACAACAACAACAACAACAACAACAGCAACAACAGCAACAGAACCCAACUACGGGUGGAUGUCCUGUCGUUGUAACAACAAAUCCCAUGUCUGUGUCUGUACCGAAUCUUGCGUGCAGUGAUGCUACUAAUAAUACGAUCGAGCCAGUCGCUGCCUCCGGCUUAUUAGAAACAUUUGCCGCGAUGGCUCGAAGGCGAACAUUGGGACCAGCUGGUAGUCAGCAUAUCACAUCGAACGCCUUACCUGCCUCUAAUUUACGUGGUUCAAAUGCAGUCUCGAGUCUGGUUCGUCUAGCUCUCAGUUCAAACUUCCCGAGUGGAUUGCUCGGUACGGCCCAAAGCUAUCCCAGCUUGAACAGCAGUCAAAUUCCGGGUGCGACCAAUUGUUCAGGAGCCGGCGGUGGUAGUCUUGGACAACCGCUAACUAGUCUUUCCUUGACUAGCACCAGCAGCGACAGUGAACUGGUGAGCUUGGAAGAAUUUUUGGAAGCAUGUGGAGAGGCUGCUGGUGUCGGCGGUGCUCGCGUUGGCGCAACACUUUUGACCGAACUGGAAGACGACGAGGAUGGCGUUUUAGCCGAAGAAGAGGAUGACAACGAUGAAAACGACGAACAGGAAGUCGAUGAUGAUGAAGAGAAUGAAGAGGAAGGUGGAGACGAGGCCGAUUAUCAAGAUGUUAUGGUCAGCCGAAAUCUUCUGUCAGCCUUUAUGGAUGAUGAGGCAGCACCUCCCAGUACCAAGCGGCGAGCUUGGGACGAUGAAUUCGUAUUGAAACGUCAAUUCUCAGCUCUUAUUCCAGCUUUCGAUCCUAGACCCGGUCGAACUAAUGUUAAUCAGACCACUGAUUUAGAGAUACCACCCCCUGGAAGCGACGCGAAAGCCACAGCCCAUGUAGGAACGACCCCCACUAGCGGACCAAAAUUAUCCCUGUUUUUGAAAGGUCCUGGCCUACCGGGAAUACCCGACGUCGAGAUACCUUUGAACGAUCCUACCGCGAGCAUAUUCCAAGCGGUGCAGCAGCUCAUGCAGCUCACCGAGCUGGGUAGCAAGCAAGAAAAAUUACGAAGAAUUUGGGAACCAAUUUACACCAUCAUCUACAAAGAGGCGAAGGACGACGAAGAUUCGUCGGGUCGUGCAACACCAAUCGUAAAUUUCUAUCCGCGAAACGCGAAUCAAAACGCGAACGCCUGCACGGUCGAGGACGUUUUGCAGCUAUUGCGUCACGUCUACGUGCUCGGCACGAGUUCACACAGCAAUAAUUUGAACAACAGUCGUACGAUGCAUUAUCUCGAAGAGAAUCACGUCGACAACACCUGGGUGCAUCCGGACGACUUCACGUCGAAGAAGAUCACAAACAAGAUAGCGCAGCAGAUUCAAGAUCCUUUGGCGCUGGCCGCCGGCGCGUUGCCCACUUGGUGCGAGGAACUGGCCAGAAGUUGCCCGUUCCUAUUGCCGUUCGAGACUCGGCGACUCUACUUCAACUGCACGGCUUUUGGAGCGUCGCGCUCGAUCGUCUGGCUGCAGACUCAGCGCGACGCUGUACUGGAGCGUCAACGUGCACCUGGUCUAAGUCCGCGACGCGACGACGUCCACGAAUUUAGGGUAGGCAGAUUGAAGCACGAGCGCGUGAGUGUGCCGCGAGGCGAUAAACUACUGGACUGGGCCGAACAAGUGCUGAAGAUUCACGCGAAUCGCAAGAGCAUCCUCGAAGUGGAAUUCGUCGGCGAAGAGGGCACGGGUCUCGGACCGACUCUCGAGUUCUUCGCUCUGGUCGCUGCCGAGCUUCAGCGCAAAGAUCUGGGUCUGUGGUUGUGCGACGACGAAGACCCGAAUCUCGACAACGACCUGCAGCAGGCCGACGACCACACGAACGACCGAGCGAGAGCCGUCGGUUUUUACGUGUCACGGCCGUCGGGCUUGUUCCCAGCACCUCUGCCCCAAAACAGCGAGGCUUGUGAACGUUCCUGCCGAUUCUAUUGGUUCCUCGGCGUUUUCCUUGCAAAAGUACUACAAGAUAAUCGUCUCGUUGAUCUACCACUCUCGAGGCCUUUCCUAAAACUCAUGUGUCGCGGCGACAUAGCCAACAACGUGAACGAGCGUAUUGGUCUGACAACCUCCAGCGUAGCUACUCAAGAAAGUAUAUCUUCCAGCAUGGCUAGCAGUUUCAUCUCGGAAGACGGAGAUCAAGACGACAGCAAAGAACAAUUCGAAUUGGAACCGGCCCCGUGGUACAAUGGUAUCCUUGAUAUCGAUGAUUUGGUCGUAGUAGAUCCAGUCAGAGGCCGAUUCUUGAAGGAAAUCCAGUCUCUGGUCUCCAAACGCGAAAGAGCUCUGUCCGAGGGCGGACACUCGCCGGCCGGGGAUGAUAGCUUUUUGGGAGAGACGCUCUAUAUCUCUCAUCCGUCUGGGGCAUCGGUGCCCAUCGAAGAUUUAGCUUUAACAAUGACAUACUCGCCUAGUUCAAAGAUUUACCAGUACGAUUACGUCGAAUUGAAGGAGGGUGGCUCAGACAUUGCCGUAACGAUUGAAAAUGCCAAGGAGUAUACGGAACUCACGAUGAACUAUUGCUUCGAUCGCGGAAUAACGCGACAAUUAGAGGCCUUUAGAGCGGGCUUCUCUAAAGUCUUCCCAAUGGAAAAAUUAUAUGCUUUUAGUCCCGAAGAAAUUAGAGCUAUGCUUUGUGGCGAGCAAAACCCACAAUGGACGCGAGACGACUUGCUUAAUUAUACUGAACCAAAAUUAGGUUAUACCAGAGAAAGCCCUGGAUUCCAAAGAUUCAUUAAUGUCCUGUUGUCACUCACUGGACAAGAACGAAAGGCUUUCCUACAAUUUGCCACCGGUUGCUCAGCUCUGCCACCCGGUGGAUUAUGCAAUUUGCAUCCUAGACUGACAGUUGUAAGAAAAGUUGAUGCAGGAUCGGGUGGUUAUCCAUCAGUCAACACCUGUGUACAUUAUUUAAAAUUACCCGAAUAUCCGACUGAAGAUAUUCUUAAGGAAAGACUACUUGCGGCGACUCGAGAAAGAGGUUUUCAUCUUAAUUAAAAACAUUAUAUCGUGCAAAACAUUUAUUAUUUCAACAAUAAUAUAAGUGCUAAAUGAUGAUUUUGUAUAUCUACGGAAAAAAUUAGGUAAUAAUUGCGUGAAUCAUGAUAAAAAUAAUUUUCUGAAAAUGUAUGGUUUUUGCGUGUGUAUAAGGUGAUUACACGAACGUUUCAAAAUAAUUCUAAGUUUAAUUUUUAUCGGUCAAUAUUGAGUGAUUCCACACUGAAAAGAUGUAAUACCUGUUGUACAUGUAUGCAUGUGUGUAUGUUGGCCCAUUUACAGCAUUAGGCUGUAGGUGAUUUUUCUACGCUUUCGGGUUAUAAAAUUAACCGCGAAUUUCGUCCGUAAAAAUACUGACAUAGUCGAUUUUUGUAAUAUAUGAAAUGCUGACAAGCGCGUAUACACAUCCUUCACUCUCUGCUAAUUAUUAGUUUACCUAUUAUAUUUUAAAAAUACAUUAGAAUACGUUAAUUUGAAAUUUUUCAAUUUCAUGAUUUUUGAAGCUUUAUAAUAUUUACGAUUGAAACAAACUAUGUGGUUAGAGUUAAGUAAUAAACAUCACAAAGAUUUAGUUAAAUUAACCAGGUUACCAAAUCAAUUUUUUUGUUCUUAUUGAAUUUUACAUGAAUUUCGUUGAGCCUGAGAUUAUAAUAAAUAUUUAUUGAAGUCUUUUGAAAGUGUAAACGUUUUGGAUGUCGCCAAAAAAUAGGAGUAUAUCUUAGAAACUGAAUCAUAUUGACAAUUGAUACUCCUAAUAUUUAAAUAAAAAUAGAAUAUUUGUAUGUCUGUGAAGAAAUUCAAUCGACAAAAGUUUGAAUACUUGCUUCAAGAAUGUCAAAAAAUAAAGUAGGUACGUUUAAAAUGUGAUGAUGAACAUAAUAUAAUUGAUGUAUGCGCGAAUAGAGAGUGAAAAUCCCCUUAACAAUAUCAGAUUUAAAAAAGUAAGUAGUUGCUAAUUAAAAGCGAUGUAAAUUAUAUUACGAAUAAUGGAUAAUAUAAUAAUAUUGUUGUAUGAAGUUUUGGGAAAGUAAAAAAAAAAAAU